CGAAUGCACUUCCAUACCCCUAAAUAUCUAUACAUCCUGACCCUAUCAAAAUCCAGUCACCGCCACAAACCUGAGCCUCUCAUCUAUAAAUAACCCAUCACCGCCUUUCUCUUUCACUUGUUACUGGAUUUCAAUUCUGGCUACAAUUUGAGGUAUUUGAAGCUCUGAGAUUUUGUGGACGGUGAAGGUGAAGCCGGAAGGAGAUGGAGGCCGAAAACGGGCCAGCGUCUUAUUACAGUAUUCUGGGUGUUAAUUCAGAGUCUUCCAUGGAAGAAAUUAAGCGCGCUUAUCGGAAACUUGCCAUGCAGUAUCAUCCAGACAGGUGGACGCGAAGCCCUUCUUUGCUGGGCGAAGCCAAGCGGAGGUUCCAGGAGAUUCAAGAAGCCUAUUCGGUGUUAUCGGAUCAGAGGAAGCGAACAAUGUACGACGCAGGCUUAUAUGAUCCUGAUGAUGAAGAAGACGAGGGGUUGUGUGACUUUGUGCAAGAAUUGGUGUCUCUAAUGGCGGAAUCGAGACGAGAGCAGAAGAGUUAUAGCAUGGAGGAUUUGCAGGACAUGUUCAUGGAGAUGGUUCAAGGAUUCGAGCCAUCUUUUACAUUCUGUGGGCCGUCCACGGCUAAUUUUGAGCACGCUCAAUCUGGGUGCGCAAAGAGGACGCGUCUGGAAUCUAAGAAUGUAAGUGUCGACACAGGCUCCGCUAUAGGGAUGUAUGGAGGACCAGGAUUCUUUUCAUUUUAGAGAGGCUGUGUCGUUGAUGAGAGAAUCAAAUGUUUUCAUUUGUAAUUUUUAUGCAAUUUUGAUUUUUGUGUCAACCUUCUCACUAGACUUUUGUGUUUUGUAAAGUGUUGCUUGAAUUAUUCCAAAAAAAAAAAAAAAGUGUUGCUUGAAUGGUUUAAAGGUGGGCUUGACAACAAUAGAAUCUGAAUGAAUGGGCCUAUUUUGUUCC